AUGGUGCGGCGGCGACUGGAGCGAAGGACUCGGGCGGCGUCGGAAGAGACAGGUGGCUGGACCCCAAGGUCUUGGGGCUGUGGCUUCUUGCACAUUGAAACUCUCCCAGCUGGGACCCUCCGUUCCACCCCUCAGUUCAGGCUUGGGUCCUCAGCUGUGGAAGAAAUGCUGCUGGAGCUUCAGAGUUGCCUGAGUUGUGAAGAGAUAAAGGCGAACAUGCAGAAACACAUGCAGAACCUGAGGCAUAGCAAGGAGGAGCUGAACAGGCUUAACCAGGCCAUCCAGCGGCUGACUGUGGAGUCCUGCAAACCAGAGCGAGCCAAGGACCCACCAGCUCUACAGGGUGAGCGUGCCUCAGGCAGUGCCAAGGGCAAGCUGGCUUGGCUGGAGGCCGCUUUGCAGCGAGCCAAGCAGGACAUGGUGCGGCAGCUGCGAGAGUACCAGGAGCUCAUGAUCGUCAAGCUGGGCCUGGACUUUGAGAUUGCCACCUACCGCAAGCUGCUGGAGGGCGAGGAGAGCAGGCUUGGUCUGGGAUUUGGGGCAGGGAGUGUCACUCCAAGCAGCACUCCCGCUGGCAAGCCCUGCUCAGCCUCUGGCCCCUCCUGCCUGCUCCCGCCUGGAGCCGGCUCCGACGCCCUGGAGACGAGCGCCCCUGGUGGCGACUGCGCGCUCUGCGAAUCCUCUGGCUGUGUUGGGGACUUUAGCUGCAUUGGUCCCCGCUGA